GUUUAAGGAUUUGAGGAAGGGAGGAGAGAAGGACUUUCAGAUCAGAGGAAAGAAAGAGAGUAUUUCUUUCUUAAUAUGCCCAUUAUUUCCUAACGGUACGAUCAAGCCAGUAAAGCACCUGCAAUCCAUUGAUCUCAACGGAAGGGAGAAAUUCUGCAGUCUGAGAAGGGCCAGUUAUCAGCGGUUUGCAGGCAAACUCCACCCGGGGAGGAAGGGCGACUGUCCUCCCCCCUCCCCGGCCUCCGCGUGGGCGGAAGGAGGGAAAGGAAGCGCCGCGAGAAACCCGGCCUCGAAUGACCCAGCUAGAACGAAACCUCGGCCAGGAUCUCAAUCGGCAGCAAACAAGAAGGAACUCCGAACAGAUACCAAGCGAGGGAGGAACAGGAGGAGGCGCCAAACGAAGCCCAGCCAAAGGAAGGUCUCCCUUUUUCUCGUUCCUUCCCUUGCAUUCUCCAUUCCCGGUUUUAGCUGCAAAGCUCGUCGGUGGGGUUGCUGGAUGAAGAUCAUGGUGCCUGAGCUAGAGAAAGCGACUGUCCGAAUGAAGGAUCCUGAACAUGUAAAAAAUAUCAUUUUGGGACUCAGAAGAGGUGGAGCAGGAAAACUCCAGGUUAUUUCUGAUUUUGACAUGACUCUGACUCGAUUUGGGUUCAAUGGUCAGCGCUGCCCCACUUCCUACAAUAUCAUAGAUAACAGCCGGGUCAUCAGCGAAGAAGGGAAGAAAAAGCUAAAAGAUCUGCUCCAUUAUUACUAUCCUAUUGAAAUUGACCCCUACCGGACCGUGGAGGACAAGCUGCCCCUCAUGGUAGAAUGGUGGACUAAGGCCCACAACCUCCUGUCCCAGCAAAAGAUUUCGAAAAGCGACAUUGCCCAGAUAGUGAAAGAGUCGGAUGUCAUGCUCAGAGAUCACUUCAACAUUCUAUUUGACAAGCUUCACCAGAGCAGAGUACCCCUCUUCAUCUUCUCAGCAGGUGUGGGCGAUGUGCUAGAGGAGAUAAUUCGCCAGGCUGGCGUGUUCUAUCCCAAUGUCAGUGUGGUCUCCAACUAUAUGGACUUUGAUGACAGUGGAGUUCUGCAAGGUUUCAAAGGGCCCCUGAUCCACACCUACAACAAGAACAACUCAGUCCUCAAGAAUACAGAGUAUUUCCAGCAGCUGCACACAAGGACAAAUAUCUUGCUCCUUGGAGAUUCCAUGGGCGACCUCAGUAUGGCAGAUGGGGUUGCUGACGUGGAUAAUAUCCUCCGGGUUGGCUUUCUGAAUGACAGGGUGGAGGAUCAGCGGGGGAAGUACAUUGAAGCCUAUGAUAUUGUGUUGGAGAAAGAUGAGACGCUGGACGUGGCAAAUGGCAUCCUUCACUUCAUCCUCACCCAGACCCAGGCCACACAGCCCACUCACCCUUGAUGAUAAGCUGCCCUUUGGAAAGCUGAGAUGCUGCUUGUGUGUGUGGCAGGGCAGUCCCUCAGUUUCUUAUUCCCUCUGGUUAACGUUGCAGACACAUACCAGUCCUCCGUUUCUUGCCAUUCUCAGAAUUGUAGAAUAUUAAUAGUGGGCCAACCUGACAUACAUCCUAUUCUCUGAAACAUCACGUUCCUAAUUUAAAACCGAUCACAACUGUACAAGGCAAAGAAUGUAGAAUCAUCCUGCAGUCAGUUUGCCUGCUGACCAAAGUGCAGAAUUUGCGAGAAAGCAGUCAGGACUCUAAAGGCAAGCCAAUGCUUAACAUUUCUUCUUGGGGCUCUGCUAGAUUUAGUUACAUGUACCAUUGCCCAAAAGGAACCAAUUACAUUUAAAUCACACCUGUUUGCUAACACCAGGUCUACCAUAACUUCUAGAUUUGAGCUCAUGGUGGUUUUUUUGCUCAUAGCAGGCCAAUUAUGUGGAGUGGUUGUGGGCUCAAAACUUGACUUUGCAACCGCUUGUGGGUUUGCUGCAGUGGGUAAUCCAAUCACAUACACAAGGAUCACAUGCUAUAAGCAGAGAGCAUCCAGAGUCUCAUUUUAAAGUGGACUCUUGCAAAGCGUAUCUGCAGGUUUACAGCCUGCCUUCUGCUAGCAGGAUCUGCUAGGUGUGGAACAAUGCAAUUGCAGUCAGUCUGUUCCUCUGUAAGCUACACUAUACCAGGCACUCCUGUGCCUUUUUCAGCUUCAGUAACAGCUGCUGCAUCUCCAAAUGAUGUUUCCUUACGGCAUUGUACAUUUAAACAAUUGUCACUGCAUGGCUUUCAUUUUUUUUCUUUUGCACACUAUAUAUAAAAAUCUCUUACAAGAAAAAAACCAACCUUAAAACAAAUGGGGUGCUACUGGUGCAACUCACUUUUCAGUCAGAGCACAGCGUAAUGAUUGAGAGGACAUGAA